UCUCGUACUCUUGCUCUUGAAUUUUUUUUUUCUGCUUAAUUCUGUUCCUUUUCCCAUUCCUUUCCCCAUUUCCUUUUGUUGCUCCUUUCAUCAUUCCCUCCUGCGAGUUGGACAUACAUCCACUGCCCUGUAGCUAUGGAGAGAGAAGAGAGAGAGGGAAGUAAUCCAGCAGGCAAGCAGGCACGCACGCACGCACGAGGAGACACAAGUACAGUAUAUAAUAAAUCUUCUUCUUCCUCUGAUUCUUCUGAUUCUUCUUCUGAUAAUGACAAUAACAAUAAUGAUGAUAGUGAUGAUAGUGAUGGUAGUGACGACGAUGGUGAUGAUGGCGGCGGCGGUGAUAGUGGAGGGCGUGCGUGUGUGUGCGUGUGUUGUCGUCGUUGUCAACAAGAUAGAAUGAUGCUCAAGAGACCGACAAUGACAACGACGACAGCCCCGGGGGAUUUUCGCGCGCAGUCCGUGGCCUUCCUCCCCGUGAGGAACGGCACCCGCCAAGAUAAAAUAUUGUAAAAAAAGAUAGUAAGAUAUGAAGAAAAGGGGAAGACACGAGAGAUGAAAUCCGAGUUGGACCCGUUCGCAUCUAGAAGC